CCUAUCUUCACCCCCCAAUUGUCCCUCCCUACACCCCCCUCUCUUCCCGUCCACACCCUCCCCGUCUUCCGCGAUGGCUCCCUCAUCGUCGGUCGUGAGGCUUAUGGCCUACCGCCGCCCUACCGCCUCGUCCCUGCGUCCCUUGACCUCAUCCGCAAACUUCUCUUCCUCAGUAAUCCGGGCUGCUACCCAGGCCGGUCCCUCUCAGUCCGCCUUCCGUCUGCCCACACCCAAGAGAUGGGACCAGGAUUCCGAGACCUCUCUGGACAAGGCCAGCAAAUACUUCCUCAUGGCUGAGAUCUUCCGCGGCAUGUACGUGGUGUUGGAGCAAUUUUUCCGACCACCAUACACCAUCUUCUACCCCUUUGAAAAGGGUCCCAUCUCCCCCCGCUUCCGUGGCGAACACGCCCUGCGCCGCUAUCCCACCGGCGAGGAGCGCUGCAUCGCCUGCAAGCUCUGCGAGGCCAUCUGCCCGGCCCAGGCCAUCACCAUCGAAGCCGAGGAACGUGUUGAUGGAAGCCGACGGACGACCCGUUACGAUAUCGAUAUGACCAAGUGCAUCUACUGCGGUUACUGCCAGGAGAGCUGCCCCGUGGAUGCCAUUGUUGAGACCUCCAACGCCGAAUACGCCACGGAAACCCGCGAAGAGUUGCUGUACAACAAGGAGAAGCUACUAUCCAACGGUGAUAAGUGGGAGCCUGAGAUUGCGGCCGCCGCCAGAGCCGAUGCGCCCUACCGAUAAAUCCGGUCGACCGAUCUACACAUGUAGUCCAUAUACUUCACGGUGGCGUACCGUUAGCUGUCAUACCUUUUUGGGGUCCUCUUCCCAUGAAAAGGAAUCCAUUGGAAGAAGGAAAAGAGACCUUUCCAUACCUGUUUUUUUAUGAGAAGCAAAGCAAAUAAUCAAAAAUGCAGAAAAAAAAAUCAUCAAAAUCAAUUCUGGUUCUGAAGUCAACACCCGGCAACGAACGGGGGUAGACUCUUCAACCGCUCCAGCUCUGUACAUAUUACUGACCGUUUGACCCUGCUUUAUGUCUACCCUCGUCCAAACUUUCGUGUACUCGUCGGAUUAUACUGCAGUAACUUCGCUUCUUGGGACGACUGUUUUACUUUCUUCUUCUUUUUCUCACUUUGUCUUGUUUUUGUAACGUUAUUUGGUCGAGGGGUUCUGCCUUGUUCACUACUUAUUUCUGUACUGUGUCUUUAGGGAUCAAUCAAUCAAC